UACCAAUUCACAAUGAAAAUAAGUUGAUAGCUGUGAAAGGACCACUCCCUUGCCUUACUUCUUUAAACAACAUUAGCACUGUUUUGCCAAUGGCUUUCACUUCUUCAGCAACACACUUUAAGCCUAUUGUUCUUCAACAGAACACAGGCAUGGAAAAAGAUGCCAUUCCAUCCAUAUUUAUGCCAUGUGAAACAAAUCAGGGAGAAAUACCCCCUGAAAGCAAAAGCACGAUAAUUUUAAAGGAUGACAUUGAAGAACAGAUAGAUGAAAACUCUAAUUUAGUAACUGAUGUUCCAGAGCAUGAUGAAGAAAAAUCAAACAUGUCAUUUCAGACUGCCCAAGAAGACCAGUAUCCAGGCAAAAUGGAUGCAUUCUUGGAUAAAUUGCCAUUAUUCUCUGACUUUCCAUGUGACUCUGAGGAGAAGUAUACUUCACAAAGAUAUUCCUCAAGCACUUCAAACUGUACCAUGCCAUCUACUACUGCUUUCGUAAAUAAUUUUCUUCUAAAGCGGGACCCAGAGACAAGAGUACUAACUCUUGUACCAGUGCAAAUUGCUAUUUCAGAACAGAUACCAAAUAAACCCCUCCAUUCAAAAACAGCAUACAGUUGUUGUCCUAGUUUACACGUUCUCCUCUCAGACACUAUAGGCAGCUACAGUGUUGACAAAAGCAAACAGGCAAAUGCAUCUCUGAAUAAUGUGAGAAACUGCAGGAUCAAUAAUGUGCAAAGUGAAUGUGCGGAAAUGAAAAGCAGAAUUACUAGAUACAAGCUACAAACAACCCAAGCUACAAAUGAAACUCAAACAAAGUGUUCUGAAAGAAGCCCAUUUCUGACAUUUUGUAAGGAAUUCAGUAAUGAUGCAGAGAGUCGUGCUUCUUUUCUAGAUCACACAUUGCUUUCAUCUGCAGACCAAAACCCUACUUAUUCACUCAACCUAGAUACUUUUCACCAGAACAACGAGAUAAGUGAAAUUUUCAUGAAGGAAGUGGUACAUUUUAUCCAAGAGGAGUUUAAACUUGGGAGUUAUUGGGAGAAUACAGAUGAAGCUCUGGCUAUGGGUAAAUAUAUAUUCACCUUAAAAGAUCUUAGAUAUAAUACAUUCUGUAAUGCAGUCUCUGAGAAAUUUGGUGACCUUCACUGGGGAGAAAAACUGCUAGCAAGUCUGUACAAUGCAGCACAUGGAAGAACUGCUCUGCAUGAAAGGUUGAAUGAAGAUGAGCACUGUGACAAAAAAGAUCAGAGCCCAAACAAACCUGGGACCCUUAUGAGUGCCAGUGAUGAAGCUAAUGCUGUAUUUUCCAGCGUGAAGGUAGAAGACCUUUCACAAGAUAACACAGACUAUGAAGUCACAUCACAAGUAGUAGGAACAGAAAAAGAAGAAGAAUGUUUGCCAACCAGUAAAUGUAACCUCACUCCGAGUUUUCCAGAAGAAAGCCAACUGCCAGAAGAGAUUCCAGUAAAGGCAAAGAAAAAUAAUUGGACAAACUUUCCUUGCCUAUCUGAACUGCCUGAUUGUCAUCUUGGUUGGAGCAGUGCAUUUUAUGGUUCGGAGUGUUUUAGCCUGGAAGUUCACAACUACAUGAGAAAACUUGGAAAGCAAAAAGCAAGUGGAGCUGAAAAGACACAGGCCAAAAGAAUGGAGCUUGAACAGCUGACAAGGAUUGAAAUGAGAAAUUAUAGGAAGAGUGUAAAAUUCUACCAGAGGUUGUUGCAAAAAGAGAGAAGUAAAGGUUGUGAUGCGAAAACUAUGUUGCCCAAACUGAGGAUACAGCUAGAAGAAAUGAAAACAAAGAUACAUUUUUUUGAACUUGUGAAGAAGUAUUUACAGAUUAUGUAUAUAGAGAAAUGGGGAUUUGAACCUGGUGACCUUUGUACAGUUAUUAACAUGGCAAAAAGUGAAACACUGGGCAUCAGUUCCUUAGAUGACUUACUGCUUUUCUAUAAUGUUAACAAAAGCCAGUUCAAUGACCAUCAAACUCAACCAAGGAAUCUGCAAGCUGGAACACCACUUGGACUAACUGCAUAUCUUUACUGCAGAAACACAUUUUUAGAAGGCUACGUCCAGCAAUUCCUCUUCACGUUCCGUUAUUUCUGCACACAAGAGGAAUUCCUGCAAUUUCUUCUUGAUAGAAUCAGGCUAACUUUACCCAGUUCAAACAUGGAAUCUUCACUUCUCAGCAAAAUAUACCACCGCAGUUUCUCUAUCUUGCAAACUUGGAUUGAAAAUUGUUAUGGUGUAGACUUUGCAAUAAACCCUGACUUGAUGGAUACACUAAAAACCUUUAUCAUUUCAAAGGUGGUUCCAUUCAAUGGCUAUGGAAAAUGGUUGCUGUCAUGGCUUCAAGAUAUUACUAACCGAAAACAAAAUAAUGUUUCUCAAUGCUGCAGAUUGGAAGAAUGGGAAGAAGAGGAUGAUAUAAAAACUUUACCUUCUUUGUGCAAAAAGAUCUCAAAAGAUGGGUCACCAAAAACCUUUGACUGGAAACUCUCACCAGGAAACAAGAGUGUUGUACCUUAUCAGGGGACCAGCCAACAUAACAUUUUUUCAAGUUUGCCAAAGCCAUGCUAUGGAAAUGUAUCUGAAAAAUUCUCAGGUUUCUAUACUAGAACUGACAGGGACUUGCAUUUCUUAAAAGAAUACUCAGCACAACAACUUUGCUGCCAGCUAACUCUUUUAGAACAGGAAAUGUUCCAUAAGUGCCAUCCAGUGCAUUUUCUAAAUUCAAGACUGCUUGGAGUCAAAGACAACAAUAUACCUCAACAAAAAUCUGUGCCGUCUGAGAUGUCACCCACUCAGGCCUAUAACCUUUUCGUGAAAAACUGUGCCCAGGACGAUUUCCUUUUGAAGCUUUUAAAGUAUGCAGAUAAUGUCAGUACGUGGGUUGCUGCUGAAAUUGUGACCUGUUACAGUUCUAAGGUGCAGGUGAGCUUGCUAUCAAAAUUCCUGUUCAUUGCAAAAUGUUGCUAUGAGCAAAGAAAUUUUGCUACGGCAAUUCAAAUUCUAAGAGGCCUGGAAAAUCUCAUUGUGAGGCAAUUGCCAGCUUGGAAAUGUUUACCAUCUAAAGUAUCAGAAAUAAUGGAAGAACUCAAGGCAGUUGAGGUAUUUUUAAAAAGUGACAGCCUAUGUUUAAUGGAGGGAGAAAGAUUUAAGACAUCACCAACAAUCCCAUCUGCCCAUGUUCUGGCCAUGCACGUCCAGCAACUUGAAACUGGAGGAUUUACCAUGAGAAAUGGUUCUUACAAGUGGAGUAAACUUAGAAACAUUGCAAAAGUCGUGAGCCAGAUCCAUGCAUUUCAAGAGAAUCCCUACACUUUCCCUCCAGAUCUCCAACUGCAGACGUGCCUAAGACAAAGAAUAGCUUUUUUUAAUGAUGCUGACAUUUCUGUCUUAGCAGCUGACAACCAUGCCAACUUUUACCAAAUGUCACCUGAAAAACAGUCCCAAAAAAUUCAGGACAUGUUAUAUAGAAUGAAGGCAAUGUUUCAGUAGUUGCAUAUGUUAAUUUUUUUCUUAUCCUUUUUUAUUAAUGUAGCUCCAGUUCUAGGGUCAGUUAUUAGAUUGGCACAUUUGAAGUUUUCUGUAAGAAUUGUCACCAUUUUGAAAAUGACAUUGACAGAUUUAUAAGCUCUGUUUUUUAAAAAAAAAAACAAACAAAACCUAAAGCUUUAAGCAAAAGGGGCAAGUUUUUAAUGUGUUGUUUUAGUGCUUUAUAUACUAACAAGUUGCCCUUUGAUGACUUUAUCAAAGAUAUAAAUAAAUGUAACCCUACACA